AUGCAGACUGGAGGAAAUACUGGAAAUAAAAAUAUAUUAAAAUCGGUGAGACCCCCAGCAAAUGCACAAAGUACGGAAACCAUCGACGAAAGCAAGCUGAUAGAGAUGGAAAAAUACAUCGUCAGCGAAAGCAAGGAUUAUGCAAUGAUCAGGUAG